GGUGAGAAACCUUUUGCCUGCUCAGUUUGUGGUCAACUAUUCUCUUAUAAGGGAAGCUUAAUAUUUCACAGAAAAACACACACUGGCGAGAAAGCUUUUGCCUGCUUAGUUUGCGGUCAAAGAUUCUCUCACAAGGAAAGCUUAGAAAUACACACAAGAUCGCACACUGGAGAGAAACCUUUUUCCUGCUCAGUGUGUGGACAAAGAUUCUCCCGGAAAGGAACCUUAAAAAGACACACAAGAACCCACACUGGUGAGAAACCUUUUUCCUGCUCCGUUUGUGGUCACAGAUUCACUCAGAAGGUAAACUUAGAAAUACACACAAGAACGCACACUGAAGAGAAACCGUUUUUCUGCUCAGUUUGUGGCCAAAGAUUCUCUGAAAAGAGAAACUUAAACAUACACACAAGAACACACACUGGAGAUAAACAUUUUUCCUGCUCAGAUUGCGGUCAAAGACUCACUCUAAAGGGACACCUAAAAAUACACACUAGAAUGCACACUGGAGAGAAACCUUUUGCAUGCUCAGUUUGUGGGCAAAGAUUCGCUGUGAAGGGAACCUUAACAAAACACUCAAGAACACACACUGGAGAGAAACCCUUUUCCUGCUCAGAUUGCGGUCAAAGAUUCACUCAGAAGCGAUACUUAAAAAUACACACAAGAACGCACACAGGAGAGAAACCGUUUUUCUGCUCAGUUUGUGGCCAAAGUUUCUCUGAGAAGGCAACCUUAAAAAUACACACAAGAACACACACUGGAGAUAAACCUUUUUCCUGCUCAGUUUGUGGCCGAAGAUUCUCUAAUCGCUCUCUGGCUAAGAAUCACAAGUGUGUUGGUGAGAAUUGCAAUGAUCAAUGA